CGGGAAUGGGAGGAUGUGUACCCGCAGGGUUUGGGGUGCCUUCUGGCCAGGAGCUGGGACAUCCUCAAACCCCGGGGGGGGGGGGGGUGGUGAACGGGAAAUUGGGGAGACGGUGGAGGGUGUGGCUCGGCAGUUUCUGCGGAGCCGGAGCAGCGACGGCGGCGGGAGUGCGGUUAACUUCCCGCCACACGUAGUGAGAGAUAUGGAUGUGAAAGGUCUGAAGGAAACCCUGGCCUGGCUAUAUUACCAAUACCUACUUGUUACAUGCAGUUAUGUGCUGGAGCCCUGGGAACAAACGAUUUUCAAUUCAGUUUUGCUCAUCAUCGUGGCAAUGGUUCUGUAUACGGCAUACGUCUUCAUUCCAAUUCACAUUCGACUGGCACUGGAGUUCUUUUCUGGCCUAGGUGGAGGCCAGACAGAAAGCACAAUUGCAAUCAUGACUUGACUCAUAAUGAUUUUAAGAAUCAAGACCUUUUUUAAGAAGAGAUCUUGUGAAUCUAUGGACUUGCUGACAACUCUGGGAUGGGUUUUAAACUUGCUUCAUGGCUGCAGUCUUAAAUUUCCACCUCAAUAACCUUGUGACUCAAAUAAUGUAGUAAAUAGCAUUCUUUUAAAUACAUUCAGCAGUUAAAGUUGGGAAUCCACAGUCACAAGCUAAUAGAAAUGUCACCGGCAUGACAUUAGCAAUAACAGCCUAUUGGGAGCAAUAACUACAAGGGUCAAAUAUUUACUCUUCAGUUGUGUUAUUUGUCUAAACUCAAUUCUGACAAAUCAUUUGCAUGUACAGCACUCUCUGUUUGUGUUUUAUGUGGAUCUUUUGUUGCAAUAGUACGGACAUUGUAGUUUUUAUUAUAAAACACCAAUUUGCUAAGAUAUGUUUGUGUAAUUGACUGUUUUGAAAUUGAAGGUUUCAAGCUGAACAAAUUGUGCAGGACUAACAAAUGUCAGGUUAUAUCUUUGAGCUGUUAUUAUCAGGCCAUAAUAUGAACCAUGCUGUUUUGUUGCUUGGUGUUAAAAUCUAGGAAUGGUUCUACUAAUCAAGCUACUUGCGAAAAAAAAAACAAAUAUAGGUAGCCUUUUUUUGCAAUUUAAUUGACCUAAUGGUAGAGUGAUUACAGAAGAACAAUUUUUAAAAUGCAACUUUCAAAUACUAUUGAAAGCCCGAAAUGUGCUUCCAUGUACUACGCUCUCUGGCAUUAUACUCAAAUUGUUGAAAAUACAGUGUUAUUGAAUGAGGGCACUGUAAAUGCAAUAAAAUACAAGGCAGCUUGUCAUAUGAAUUUUUUAUACACAUCUAAGGUCUUCUUACGAUCUUCCAGUUUUCCCUUAUGCUGGUAAUAAUUAACCAAAGUAGAUUUAAUGGAAUAUUUGUUGCAAAACCUGUAUGUCCAUUGUAACUGAACGUCUAACUUUUCCUUGCUGCAUUAUUCAGGGAAAAUCAAUGGUUAUGUAUUAUGGAUUUUCAAUAAAGUUUGCUCAAAAUCA